GUUGCAAUUCACAUAUUAUAUUCGUGUAUAAACACUUACGUGGUCCGUUAAAAAGAUUUAUAAAGAUUCUACGUAAUAGCAUUCGAAGAUUAAUUUUACAUCAAACAUGAAACACAAUUCUGCAACGUGAGUAUAAAAAAUAAUACCUUGUGGUGUAUAACUACGUAUAACAUAAUUCAUUAUGUAAGUGUACGUGUUGAAAACAGUAUACUGUGACAAAUAGAAUACCAAGUAGUAGAUGUAUUAUCAAAAGCAAUUCGUCGUCGUUGUCAUUUUUCUUUUGAAUAUUAUCUAUCUACUUCGAAUGUCUUCCAAUAGAACGAUGAGUCUCAUUAUUUAAUAUUUCAUUGAACCAAUCCAUAAUUUGAUAUAUAGACUCUGAAUUAGAUUCGAACAGAACGGCUUAGAGCAAGAUUGUAUUGGGUUGAUCAAUAAGUAAUAUGUCGGAAUUUUUAAUAGUUUAUAUUUCAAUUAAUAACACUACACUAUUUUGUAUCGACGAUGUACAGUAUCUUAUAUCUAAGCAAAUAACUAUAAUAUUUUAUUUAUAAUAUAUAUAAAUAAUAUAUAUAAAUAAAUUUUAUUUCCAACAUUUCUUUACUGAAAAUUCUGACAUUACUUAUUGUACCAAUACUAGAACGUUUAGAACAUCAGAGUGUAAUCAAACGAAACUUCAAAGAUCUCGGUUAACCUUCUAAAUUUGUGUGUUUGACGUUUGAUUUAAUAAUAUUAAUAAUAACAAUAAUAAUAUCUUCGUUUUAAUCAACUGAUAAAUACUGAUUAGAAAGAAAGAAGGGAGGAUAAGAACAAUUUUUUAUCCUUUAUAUACGAUAUACAAUGUGUGAAUAAAAAUGAUAUAUACUGAUUAAAAAAAAAGACAAAAAAGAAAGAAAAAAUUUAUCUUUAUACACAUUAUACUGUGUAUAUGUGCGUAUGUGAAUAAAAUCUGUAUACAUAUAGUGAUUGAAAACAAAAAAGAAAAGAAAAGAAAGAAAGAAAAAGAGAAAAGAAAGAAAGAAAUAAAAAGAGAAAAGAAAAAUUUGAAAUCAUUCAUCUAAUAGCUGAUGUGUGCCAUAAAACAAUCUUGUGACUCUCCGUCUUGUCCAUCUUACUCUACUCGUCAAUCCGAUCGGAUUAAAUUACCAUCAUCUCAUCAUUCUGGUCCUUCUUAUGGUUAUUACCCACAACCUUAUCCCCGUUAUAUUCAAUACGAACCAUACGGAGUUCAUCAUCAUCCGAUCCCAAGUUAUCCAUCUUCCUGCUACAACAACCAUGAAAAUCUCGAUGAAGUAUUUCCUGAAAGCAAAGACAAACUAUCAAGACAGACCUGGUACUUGAUCAUUAUCCUUAUAGUGAUUAUCUUUGCACUCGGAUAUGCUCUUUAUCGUACUCUUUCAAGAACAGGUCAAAGAUUUCGAUCCGUUAGACAGGCUAAUAUUGUACCUUCGACACAGAUAGUGAGGAAAAAGAAAGACGCUAUUCAAAAUUGCCCAGCCGAAUUUGUUCGCUGUGCUGGCAUGAUAUCGGAACUUAGGAAAGAAUGCAGUAUGCCGUGUAAACAAUGUAGAAAAUUUCCUAUCAAUAUAUCCCCUCCAAAGAUUUACAAAUCGAUGCAGAUCACGUCAAGCGAGAUGAAUGAAGAUGAGCAGACUUUGAAUAUAGGAAUAAUCGAUAUUCCCCGUUCAAAAAUCAAUGUAGCUACUGACACACCAAGUGUCAAUGCAACGAAUACCUAACGAUCAUAAAAGAACCAACAGUGAAAUAAAUAUUCUGAAAUAAGACAAAGAAAAGCGAAUGUCGUCGUAAAUGAAAGUAAGAAAUAGUAACAAUAUUGAUCAUUUAUUUCGAAUAAAUCAAACUUAUUUAUUGUUGGUUGUAUGAAAAGUGAAAGUACAUAUAUACACACACACACACACACACACACACACACACACACACACACGUAUGUGUAGAUAAAUCGCAUUUCGAUUGUUUAAUAAGUUUAAUUUUUCAUUUGUUUAUUAAAUAAAUAUCAUUAGAAAAUUUUCUCGAUAGAUCUUCGAUAAGUUCGGUUUAAAAAAUUCGUCAAAAUUAAUUCGUAAGAAUGUGUUAUCAAUAAUUAAAAACUCUUCGAAAAUUAUCAAAAAUUAAACUUCUUCGAUCGGCUGAUAAAUCUGAUAAGCAGCUUUAUUGCGACAAGCGAAACUAGAGCGAGGAAUGGCCUGUGCUAAAACGUCAUGCAAUGGUUUCGUUGGUUGGGUUGGAUGGUCCUUCGUGAGUUUCGUGUUGGUCAUUGCAGCGUUAAGUUAUUUGGGAUAUACAACUUACAGACAGUGGAAUAAUAGACAGGAAUGAAGGAUUAAUCAAGAAACAUCAUUUUUGUGCUUAUUUUCUACGAAAAGAAAAG